UCCUUUGAUUAGUGCUUUUUUUUUUCUUUUUCUUUUUCAAAUUACAUAACAAUGGAAGAAGCUUUCACUAGGCUCGAUGGUACUAGUUCUACUGGCCUAACCCCAACAAAUCUGUCUACCGAAUCUGACCAACCCCAUAACAAGAAAUACGCCAACGCCAACGCCACCGCCACCGCCACCAACAAGAGGUCCUUGAGAGAAAGCGCCGGAGCUUCUAGCGGCGGAACAAUGCGGUACAGAGGAGUAAGGAGGAGGCCGUGGGGCCGUUAUGCCGCCGAGAUAAGGGACCCCCAGUCGAAGGAGAGGCGUUGGCUUGGGACAUUUGACACGGCUGAGGAGGCUGCUUGUGCAUACGACUGUGCUGCUCGAGCCAUGCGUGGACUCAAGGCAAGGACCAACUUCGUCUACCCUUCUUCGCCGCCACCGCCGCCGCUGUCGUCUGACCACCACCACCACCAUCCUCUCUACACUCCUCCAUUCAACUUCGCCAAACAUUCACAGGCUUCCAUAAAGAGUCAGCUCAUGGGUUGUGGCACCACUGUUCCUCCAAAUCCUCAUCAAUUUCCUUCCAACUGGCCGCGUUUUCCACACUCUUCGAACCCGAAUGUUGACUUUUCUGGAUCAACCGUAGUACCACAGAGAAAUGGUAAUAAUUCCACUAGUUCUACUUCUUCAUCUUCUUCAAUGAACAUGCAAAUGUUUCUUCGAGAUCAUUUCAACUCUUCGUUAAACAAUAAUAUGGUCUCUCCAGCUCAUCAGAGUACUCUAUACAACCAGUUUCCUUACAUGAACAACAACAAUGGGUCGUCUUCGUCUUCAUCUUCAUCUUCGUCAUCUUCUUCCUCUUGUUAUUCAACCCUAACAACCACCUCUUUCUCCGGCUACCCUAUGGUCAAUUCAGAAAUCUCUUCCUCAAUGCCUAAUAAUUGCACCAAAACCACCACUGCCCACCAAGAAGUAUUCGAUCAUGAACCGGAGUCAUUCUUUCCCAAGGAGGAGUCCGAUUCCGGGCUUUUGGAAGAGGUCAUUCAGCGCUUUUUCCCGAAGUCGUCGUCUAAGAAGUCCAACUACACCGACUCACUUCCCAAAUAUCUGGAGUCGAGCACUAACUGUAGCGUUAACCCUCUAAUGAGUUGCGAGAAUAAUAGUACUAUACUGUCUGUGUCUCAAACGACGGGUAUCAAAACUGAUCAAAACAACUUCAUGGGCUGUUAUAGCUCCGAUUACCAAAGCCCCAGCAACAUUAACGUUCCGUUACAACAGCUGGGGUGCUUGAACAACACUGCCGUUGUCUCGUCUCAAACGGUGCCGUUUAAUAAUCAUGAUGCUGCGAUGAACUUCCACCAGUUUGGUCAAGACCAGUCUAUGUUCAUGGAUGACAUUUUCCAGUUUCCAGAGCUUGUUAGUGCCUUCGCUGCUAGGGCGCUACAAAAUGCUUGAGCUUGAUUUUUACAGUACUAUGUAAGCUAGUUUCUAGUUUUAGGGUUUUCGGAUAAACUUUGACAUGUUUGAACUUUCUCUAGUAUAUGGUAUGGAACUCUAUCUUGUUGUUAUCCUCAAGUAUAUUAAUCCAAUUCAAGUUUUCAACCUCCAUUUUAGUAUGUUGCCUUUAAUAUAUAUCAUCUGUUCCUGGACUGAUGUUAUCUUAAAUGUUGUUGAAACUUGUCCCUUUUUAACAGAUAAAAUCGAAUGUCAAUGUUUCUAUUUUGUUCA